UAAAUUGGAUACACAUCCCCAAAAAAAUAAAAUAAAGUAAAAUUUCCGGAACUUGGUUUGCUCCUUUAGACCAACAAAAACACGAAGCGCUGUGAUACUGAUAAACCUUUCUUAAACCCUCUUUCUCUCUCCAUUAUCUUAAUAUGCUUCACUCUCAAACCCACCAAAACAUGCAAAUGUCUCUGACCAUUUCGCCCUCCAAAGCCCCUCACAAAUUCCCAUCCCACCAACCCAUUUCAGUUUCUUCACCAUCUCCAAGAAUCCAGAGAGUUUCACUGCAAACCCAUGCUGGUCCUCUGAAUUCCCUUAAAGGGUCCGGCUAUACUCCGGCAAUUAGCCGAGCUAUCGAAGAAGAAGAGUACCGGUUAGCCAGAUCCCAGGUUGUCCGGAAAGGACUAGACUUGGAAGGCUAUGCUAUUGAGGGGAUUUCCAUUGGUGGGCAAGAGACCUGCAUCAUAAUCCCGGAGUUCAAAUGCGCUUUUGAUAUCGGCAGGUGUCCUUCAAGAGCAAUUCAGCAGAACUUCGUGUUCAUCACUCAUGCCCAUCUUGAUCACAUUGGUGGGUUGCCAAUGUAUGUUGCCAGCCGUGGUUUGUACAACUUAAAACCUCCAACAGUAUUUGUGCCUCCUUGCAUCAAAGAAGAUGUGGAGAAUUUAUUUGACAUUCACAGGACGAUGGGCCAAGUGGAAUUGAAAUUUGAUUUGGUUCCUUUGGAUGUGGGUGAAACAUAUGAAAUGCGAAAUAAUCUUGUUGUUCGACCAUUUAGAACUCAACAUGUAAUACCCAGCCAGGGCUAUGUAAUCUAUUCAGUUAGAAAAAAGCUGAAGAAGCAAUACAUUCAUCUUAAGGGGAAACAAAUAGAGAAAUUGAAGAAGUCUGGUGUAGAGAUUACAGAUAUUAUACUGUCUCCUGAGGUUGCCUUUACUGGAGACACAACAUCAGAUUAUAUGGUCGAUCCUCGGAAUGCUGAUGCCUUAAGGGCAAAGAUUCUUAUAACUGAGGCCACCUUUUUGGAUGAAGGAUUCAGCAUUGAACAUGCCCGACAACAUGGUCAUACUCAUUUAUAUGAGAUUUUUGAAAAUGCACAAUGGAUUCGGAAUAAGGCGGUUUUGCUGACCCAUUUCUCCUCACGAUACCAUAUAGAGGACAUUCGUGCAGCUGUAUCAAAGUUGCAGUCCAAAGUAUCAGCAAAAGUGGUCCCUCUUACAGAGGGCUUUAAAUCAAUGUACACUUAGAUUUUGUACCUAAUCUUUGCCUACUGUUAGAUUUUGUACCUAAUCUUUGCCUACUGUUAGAUUUUGUACCUAAUCUUUGCCUACUGUUAGCAACUAACCGUAACUAGGUUGUACAAGAGAAUGGAGAGAGACAGAGAGAACUGAGAAGUACAGUGAGUUUGCUGUAAAUUAUUCUUUCUUUUCCCAA